GACAAUGAAGUGUACUACGCUCGGAGUGAGCCGGAGUGCCAAUUUUGAACUCACAACGGCCACAUUACGGUGACUGGAAUGACCAGUCUGAGUAUACACUAACCUAACGGACGAGUGGGAAGGAGGGGAGCGCGCCGGCUGCGGCAACCGCGUCAGUACCUCCCGCGCUAUUCCGGCAGUUACUUACUGCGGCGCGUCCUUCGCGCGAUCCACGCCUAUGACAUCGCGAGUGCUCGAGUUACAGUGAAGUUUCAAAGUGAUCUGGAUAACAUAAACGUAAACAUGGGACCUCUAGUGUUGUUCUUUGUGAUGUUUGCGAGCGCCGUGGCCGACAGGAGAAUGAGCAUAGCCGAGAAACUUAUGGAAGAUGCGGACCUCUCGCAGUUCCUGGCCCUGUUGUCGCGCAACGCGGUGGCAAACACAAGUCUCCACUACCGGCAGAUGACGCUGUUUGCGCCCACGAACGAGGCCUUCCAGCGGUACAAUGGAGAGAUGGACGACAAUCUCGUACUAUACCACAUCUCGAAUCUCGCGACAACGUUAACCAACAUCGACUACGCGAUAUCGUCAGAGCUGGACGGCAACCCGCCUCUGUGGGUGACGCGGCGGCGCGACGCCACGGGCGACGACCUGUACGUCAACAACGCCAAGGUGCUCGUCGCGCGCUCCUACCAGACCACCAACUCCAAUAACAAACGGCAGGUCCUCCACGUGAUAGACCAGGUGCUGCAGCCGCUGCAACCCCACGGGCCCGGCUCCCUGAGCUCGCCCGUCUACAGCCCUAAUGCUUACCAGUUCCUCGAACAUUCCGACCUCUUCAACAUUGGCCAGCACAGACUCAGAUCAUUCCGGCAAAAAGUAAAUCAACUUCACAAGAAAGAAGUUUUUAAUGCCGACGGCAAGCAUACCUUCUUUAUUCCUGUGGACGAAGGCUUUAAGCCAACAACCCGCUCGGACCUGAUAGACGCAAAGGUGGUGGACGGGCACGUGAUCCCGCACCACGUGCUCUUCACGAAGGCCACGCCGGAUACGCGUGAGUUCGAGACCUUGGCCUUCGGGGACAACGUCAAGGUCAUCAUCUCCUUCAGCACCGCCAUGAAUGGGAAUGAGGAAAUCACUUACGUAAAAUCCAACACGGUUGCGGGAGACGCGAAGCACAGCCGAGGGGUCGUCCUGGCGGACAUCGUGCGCGCCAACAUUCCUGUCAAGAACGGAGUCGUCCACCUCAUCCAGCGGCCGCUCAUGGUCGUCGACACAAGCGUUAUCGACUUCCUUAAGGAAAAAGAGGACGGCCCGCUGUGCAAGUUCUACGAGGUGAUCCUGGACCUCGGUAACAACAACCAGUUCCUCAACGAGCUGACCACGGCCAAGGACAUGACGCUGUUCGCGCCCUCCAACGAGGCGUGGAACGAGCCCAGCGUGCAGAACAUCGUCAGGAACCACCAGAAACUUAAGGAGAUCUUGAAUUUACAUCUAGUGCGGGAAAGACUGGCUAUGGAUACUAUAAUACACAAUAACAUGAAUCAGCUCCCUGGAACUAUCUACCAAGCCCCGACAGCGAUGCACCGCAAGUACCUGUACUUCAACGUGCUCACCCACAACAACAAUCAGACGCUCACCGUGGAGGGGGGCGGAGUCAACGCCACGGUAACCUUGCCCAACAUCGCCGCGACCAACGGCUUCGUUCACAUCAUCGACAGAGUUCUGGGAGUUCCUUACACCACUAUAUUUGAGAAGUUGAAGACGGACCCUAUGCUGAACAUCACAUACAAUCUGGGCAAGCGGAAGAUGUUCAACACGCAAUUGAAUGACAUGGAACACCGGUACACAUACUUCGUGCCUCGCGACCAUGCAUGGCUCAAAUUCCAAGUGCGACACCCCUCAGCGUUCAAAGCGCUGUUCAAAAUGGACUUCGGAUAUUAUACGAAACAAAUUCUGGAGAGGCACGUGAUCCGCGCCAGCCGCUCGUACACCAUCUCGGACCUAAAGCUUCACGCCAAUGAGACGCACCCGUUCGUGAUGCCCACGAGCCGCGACCCGCUGCGACUGCGUGUCAAGGAGUCUGACAAAAACUACUACGUGGAAUGGAACGGGCACUGGAUACACGUGUUCCGGCCGGACGUGGAGUGCACGAACGGCGUCAUCCACGUGAUCGACGAGCCGUUCCUGCUGGAGAGCGACAUACACGCCACUGGCGCCGCCUCGCCGCUCGCGCACGCCGCUGCAAUGCUACUGAUCUCGACCUGUCUUACAAUCCUUCAAUAAACUACUGAGGUUAUUUAA